GAUUAUAAUAUCCAAUAAAAAUACACUUAUCAAGUAGCUAGUAACAAAAGGUUCGGUGAGGAGAAAAUACUAAGAAAACGUCGUGCACCCAAGCGACGUCGUCGCAGGAAAUUCUUAGACUACAAUUACAAAACUAUCCCCCAAUGAUGACCUAUAUUUCUGGUUUGAGUUUCUCCUUCUUCUACUCGGUUACAACUCUCCGCUCUCCCUUCUGCAACAAAAUUGAAGUUUCGUUUUAAUUUUUAUACAUUAUUAUUUUUUUUUCAAAAAAGGGAAAUACUUUUACUAAAAACUCCAAAUUAAGUAAAAGCCAAAAAAUUUCUGCGUUUUAAUAUUUUUUAAUCACUGGAGAUUUCUAGGGUUUUAUUUCAUGUACGGCGAAGCUUUAAUGUCUUAUGAAUGGAAAUUGCCUAUAGCCUCCCCAUCGCCCUACAAUCCCAUAAGCCGUUGAUAAUAGCCACAAUCAUCACCAUCCUUACCUUCCUUGCCCUCUGUUCAUUCUUCAAUAGGCCCCACAAAUCUAACCCCUCUGAUCCCUCCACGUCAGCCGGUAAAAAGGAAAACAAAGAAGCCACACCUUCGUCCUCCUGUAACCGUUCCUGCUGCAACGGAACUUCCGAUUCCGUGGCUUUCCUGAACGGUGGUAGUGCUGAAACGACGGAAGGGAGUAUGGUGACGGCGGAUGUUUCCAUGGUAUUGGCGGAGAAACAGAGUGGGGCGUCGAUGAUGGAGCAGUUAGUGCCGGAGAUUACAACACACGCGCUCAGUUACUUGGAUUAUCCGAGCCUUUGCCGGCUCUCUAUGACUAAUUCGCUGAUGAGAAAGGCGGCUAAUGAUGAUAAUGCUUGGAAAGCGCUUUAUAACAAGGAUUUUACUUUGGAGCAAGAUAGUGUAACACCAGUUAAUGGGUGGAAGGCAUACUAUGCAGCUACAAGAGCCAUAAUGAAUGUUAAUACAGAAUUCUUUAACAUCAUCAGAGAUAGGUCUCUUCCAGCGAUGAGUCGUUUUUGGCUGAAUGCGGAUUAUGUAAAGUGUGUUCAUGCAUCAGGAGAACUUUUUACAGGGUAUGAUGCUGUAAUACAGAGUUGGCAGCUAGAAUUUAAUUGGGAGCAAGAGGUUGAUUUUCAGGUUAGAGAUGUUCGCACCCGGGUACUGACCGACAUGGCUUGGGUUACUAUGAAAACCUAUGUUGACAUGGAUAACGGUGCAUUUAACAUGACUAAUGUCUUUGAGUUCCAUCAUGGACGUUGGUACCUUGUGCAUCAUCACAGCUCAUUGAUGCUUGCCGAUGGUGACAUGGAACAACACGUUGUUCAUGGAUAACAGAAGAUGAAGAGUUAAUACAAUUGAUAAUUUUAGUACUAGCUUCAAAACAUAGCACUAGUAAUUUAUUAGCAAAAGCAAGUUGUUUAGAUUUCUCUGAGAUUUCUUUCAAAGAUCCUUUGUCGGCUUCGCCACCUCAGUUUUGGGUAUUUUGUGGUAAAUAGGUGCCUUCUACGUUUUAGUCUUUUUGUCAUCUCUUUGCCUACUAAUUAUAAUAAUGUUGGCUUUGGCUGUACAUAUUCAUUCUUUCAACAAUGUUUCACAUGGAUGAAUACAUGUGAAAUGAAGUUAGAUUCACAGAAAUUGCAUGAUGUGCCGGAUCCAAAAGUGGCUCAAGGGGUAAAACUAAAUCAUUAAUGUCUGAAUAAUGAUUAAGAUAAACUCCAAUGUCAUGUUAGUAAAGUUUACCGGUUGCAUGAUGUGAAACUGUUCAGUGUCUCAUGGUUUGCACCCUAGGUUGAAGAAAUCAAAAUUGUCCGAGUUUUCCCUAAAUGGUUCCACGCUCUAGUGGCCAGGACAUUAAAUGUUGAAUCCAGCAACCAAGUUCGAAUCUCGAUAAGACUCUUAUGUUAAAUACUCGCAGUUUCGCUGGUUGUAUAUUAAUUUAAAUAUAACAAAAUAAUAAAAAAAGAGUUUCAAUAUAGAAUGCUUUUUAAAAAGCAAUCAUUUGAGAGAGAAUUGAAACGGGAGUUCCAAUUUAAUACAAGCAAAAGAGUUCUCGUAAACCUUAUACAAUCUCAAACUGAAAUCAUUGCAUGUGUAACUACAUUAAUGUUGUGAGUAAAUCAACAUAACAUCAAGUGCCUAGCUCCAUUUGUAGGAAAAGAAAAUUCUUAAAUCAACCCAAGAGAUACUAGUAAACUUUGUAGCCAAGUAACAUACCAUCAAGAGCUAAUAAUACAUAGAAUAAAGAAUUCAACCAAUAUUAAAGGAAAUAUCAACUGCAACAUGUAUUAACACAUGAUAAAGAGAUAAUAAUUCAUUCAGAGCCAAGCAUGACAGUUCAUUAUGUGAGUUACAAAAACGUACAGACACAAAGGUUAACUCUAAAACCUUUAGGUUAGGCUUUCAUUAUCUGAUGAUUUGAUAAUAUGAUGAUCCCAUAACCUCCUUACGAAGGGACAUGCCAUAAAAUCAAAAUUUUAAAAGAUAUAACCUGGAAAUUCAGUUUUCUACUUCCAGUCAAUUUGUUCCUGGCACCACCUAACCUUAAUUUACUUGACGUGUUUCAGAAGUAAAUAUAUCCUUUAAGCGAUAAGUCAUGUCUUCUGAAUUAUAGUUACUUGUGGAGAAUAACUCCAAGCUCUUAGAAAAUGAUAAUCUUUGAUAAUCGUUUGUUAUUCUUCGAUUAUUCACUUGGGAAGUUUUUGAUUCACAGGGUGUUUUUAGAGAUCUUUCAAAGGCUUCCACUGUAGCAAUCCAAGAUCCAUCUGCAAAGACUACUGAGCAAGUACUACUAAUAAAACAAUAUUGAUCAUAGUUAUUUAUUACUUGUUUUCGUUAUGUCCCAAGUGUUCCAUGAAUCUUAUUACAUCCUCAAUUCAUCGGCGUUUUAUCGUGGGUGUUUUAUCAGAGUGAUGUUGAAGCUUAUGACUCAGGGGCUGUAACUGUGCUGAAUUGUUUACAUGUGGAAUGUUUCAAGAAGGGUGAGGGUUGAUAAGUGAAAACCACCAAGGCUGUGGGUAAAAGGUGCUUCUUAUCAGCUACUGUUUUUUGAGGUCAUAAACAUAAGC